AUGCAAAUCAUCCGAGCUACGCAGGAUAUGUCCGCUGGGACGAAGCUGCUUCUCUCCUAUCGUACUCCCUGCGCCUUCGAAUCCUACGCGCAAGUACAGAAACACCUCUCAACUUGGGGCUUCAAGUGUGCGUGCGACCUAUGCAAGAGUAGAAGCAAGGAAGAUAAAGCGGCCCUGGAAAAGCGGCGCAAGAUCUGCCACGAGGCUUCCGAUCUUCUAAAGACUGAAGUGCUUCAAUUCAACUGUGCCAAAGCCAGAACAGUCCUGAAACAACUAGAGAAAACUUACAACGGAAAGUCCGCCGACAAAGUCGGACUGGAGCUUUCGGAACUUUGUUUUGGGAUGAACGAUCGGUACACGGAUUCGGGAAUGCACGCUGAUUUUGUCAGGAUGAUCGUGAAGUCUCUUGAGUCACUGGGCUUCGUCAUUGUCGCGUAUGUCCCUGGCCCAACUAUGUCAUUUAUCUGUUUCUCAAUCUGGCUGAACUGUACUGGAAAGUAUCUCGGCAGCUCUCCAUGCAUGUUUUCAACUACGCCAAGCUCUCGUACAAAUUCGUUGUUGGUGAAGUAG